AUGGAUACCAAAGGUCUAUCAAAAGAUUCUAUGCGGUCCACGUGGCGCACGGCGGACCGCUCGGAAUGGAAUCACGCCCACUGGGCACUGGAGAUCCUCAACGCCCACCCGAUCGAGUUGAACAAGGAGAUCCCAGUGCACCGGAAAGAUGAGAAACUGCCGUACAUGCCGCAGUGGUCCCUGCAGCGCUGGGUUCUCUUCUAUUCGUCUUUACCGCUCCUCUUCCACCAAGCAUACAUGACCUAUACCGGCCGCACGCUCGGCCCCUUCGCAACCUUCAAUCUAUACUUCUUCGCCUUCAACGCAACAGUCAUCUACCAAGUACACGUCCUCCGCCGAAUGGGCCAUAUCUACGGCUUCCUCGACGGCGACAAGUACGAGCGCGACGGCGUGCCCGACGUCGGCGUCGCAAAAGUAGUCGCCUCGCUCUACAAAACCACCGGUUCCCGUCUCGUCCUGGCUACAUACCUCACAUACAACCGCAACCUCCUCCCCUCACAAAUGAACUGGGCCUGGCUCCCUCUCGAAAUCGGCUUGUACGGCAUCGUCCUCGACUUCUGGUUCUACUGGUACCACCGUCUGAUGCACGACGUGAGUUUCCUAUGGAAAUUCCACCGCACGCACCACCUCACCAAACACCCGAACCCGCUCCUAGCCGCGUACGCAGACCAUGAGCAAGAAUUCUUCGACAUGGUCGGCGUGCCAUUCAUGACGUGGCUAACGCUCCGGACGAUGGGUAUGCCGAUGGGCUUCUACGAGUGGUGGAUUUGCCACCAGUAUGUUGCCUUUGCAGAGGUCUUUGGACACAGUGGAUUGCGGAUGCAUUUGAUUGUUCCGUCGACGCUGAGCUGGUUGUUGCAGUGGUUAGAUGCGGAGAUUGUGAUUGAGGAUCACGAUUUGCAUCAUCGGAAGGGGUGGAGGAAGAGUCAUAAUUAUGGGAAGCAGACGAGGUUGUGGGAUAAGAUUUUUGGCACAUGUACGGAGCGGAUUGAGUCCGUUGCCGAUAAUAUUGAUUAUGUCAAUGUUGCCAAGAUGCCUCUGUUUUGA